GUUAUGAUAAUGGUGUUCAAAAUGGCGAUGGUCAACAAGGCGGCUUCAGGAACGAACGGUCAAGACAUGAAGUAUUAAAAUCGAAACUCAAGGAACGCUUUGAAUUGAUGUUCGGUCAUUUUCAAUGGCAUCAUCAGACGUGGACAUUUGAGUGAAUUCUGUUACAGGAUUCCAGCGAAGAUUAGCACGAACAUGAUGAAAUUACACAGACCCCUCUGCUCGGACGUAACAUUGAGACUUGUUGUUGACAUUUCACCCGGUUUUGAUGAUGAUGAUGAUGACACUGAUUAUACUGACAUUGAUGGAAAAGAUGACACCGCCAACGAUUUGGACAACGGCAACGGCCCAGCGCUGGACACCAUAACAAGGAAAAACCAGAACUUUUACAAGACGUCCAACAGCAACACCACGCAAGACAACACGGCCUCCAGCCUGGACUUCAACCUGAACAGACAUCAGCAUUCGCGGUCCCAACACCGGCAACACAACCACAGCAGCUGCAGCUGGUAUUCCCGCCAGAACACGCCGGACAAAACCGCCAAGGACAUUUACAACCAAGAGCACGUCCUCAACGGCGAGACGUAUGGUGAGAACUUCCACAAGGUGCCCUUGGACUCUGAGUUCAAGCGGUUCGUGGAAGAAGAAGGCAACGACUACAAAGAAGAGUUCGAUGACACCUGGGAGGAGGAGACCCAGAUGAACUUGUCCCAGACUAGCGCCCCCAUCGAGCGCAGGUUCAAUCAGUAUUCAGACGCGGAGCUCUCCAGCAGCCUGGAGGAUGUGCCCGGCCUGGAAGUUUGCAAAAGACGUGCUUCAAAGUGUUGUGAGGACGAGUGCGAGGAGCAGUCUUUGUACGACUCCAACGAUGGAAGCAUCCCCCCAAAGAGACGCUGCCUGCAUGAAGGCGGGGACGAGGGCUACGAGAAGGGAAGUGAAGAGUCUGGAGAGUUUGAGGACGUGGACGAGAGUCUAGACAACUUCGAGGAUGUUGUGAUGCCAGAAGCUCCUGAGGAACUUCCAAUCGAUUGUGAUGAAGAUGUAGAUGUCUUUGAUAAACAAAUUGAGCCGUCUCUGAUUACUUCAUACUACGGUGACAUUGGUGAGAGUGAGUUGGCCAAGAGUAUCAUACAAUCUGUCCACGCUGACGUCAUAUCCGACGAAAUGACGAAAUCAAUCGCUGAGGAAAUCCACGACGUCCUGGUGGGCGAUGGUCAUACAAAGACAGACGUGGACCCGCAAGAAAAACAGCUACCGUUCCCUUACCCCUUCAUCCUGAAACAUGCAGGUCACCUGUUUGACACCAGCAGAUUUCUGUUUGCUACGGCCAGGUCAAGGAGCUCAUCUUGUACAUCCAGGUCCACAGUUGAUGACGUCAGCUAUGACACCUCCAGAACAUCUUCCGGUACCAACACUUCUAUACGACAACAUAAAGUUAUUACUUCAACACCAAUCAAAUGUUCAUCUAACGACCAAAAAAAGAGCAAUGUAAAUAAAGUGACGAGCACGAAAGAGUUGGAAGUGACUCACAGAGGUCUCCACAGGUUCAUACCUCGACACAAGGAUGAAAUUAACAUCGGUAUAGGUGACCCACUGCAUGUCAUUAAAGAGUGUGAUGAUCUCUGGUGUGAAGGGGUCAAUCUACGGACAGGAGAGAAAGGAAUAUUCCCUGCAAUGUAUGCUAAUGACCUCAACUUCUUGGAAGAGUCAGAUGAUGAUGAAGACUAUUGGAAGUUUAGCAUGCGAUUUUUAGGCUCAAUAGAAGUGACCUCACACAAAGGGGAUGAGACUCUCAUACAAGCUAUAAACCAGGUGGCUGCCACACAGAAAGAUAAAGUCAACACUGCUUCCUUGAGUACACUCGAGAUCAACCAGUAUGGUAUACGUAUGAUAGACAAAAGCAAAGAAGGACACCAGAAAGACGCAUUCUCACAUUUUUUUGCACUCAAGAAUAUCUCGUUUUGUGGCACACAUCCUAAAAAUAACAGAUACUUUGCUUUCAUAACAAAACAUCCCCGAGAGUAUAAAUUUGCAUGUCACGUGUUCUAUGGCGACAGACCAACUCAUCGAGCCCGUGAUGCUGUAGGAGAAGCUUUUAAGCGGUUCUACCAAGAGUAUAUGGCAUUCACACAUCCUACUGAAGACAUCUACAUGGAAUGAAGAAGCGAGUAAUCUUUGCUUCUGUACUGAGACAGACCGAGCAAGGGAAGUAACCCUUCAGCUGUGUUCAAGAUAAACAGCAAUAGUAUCAACUGAGGGGAAAAAAAACAGACUUCAACUCUUCAAAUUCAAACUUAGCCUCUUCAAAGUCUCUUCUAGUCUGUUCCUUUUAUAUUUUGUCCUAUAUCUUGAAUUACACAAUUAAAACUAAGGCUGUGAGCUGAAAUAGAUAUUGUUAUUUUGUAGACAUUAAGGCUCGCGUUCUCCUGUACUUCAGACUAUCAAUAAACUAUGUCCUUGUAAGUGUUCAAAGUAAAUUGUAAUUCCAAACUCCUUAAAGAACUAAAUGUGUAUCUCUGUUGUCUCUGUUUAGUUCUUGUCAUUAGGAUUAGUAGCUACCAUCUUUGUGAAAUUCUAAUUAGUUUCACUAACAUCACUAUCAACUUGACCAUGAUUUAUCACAAAAUGCGUCUUCCAUGUUUUGUUGUAUUUUUUUUUAUUUACUCGUUGGAAUGACCAGAUGUAGUCGACACAUUUUCAAGUACUCUAAAUCCCAUGCGGUCACAAACUAACUUUUUUUCUUUUUGAUUGCCAAAAUUUCAUCGCUCAAUUCGAUCUUAUGUUUCACAAUCCUGUAGUAGAAUACAUAGAACAUCUAACAUGAAUGUGAGUAUCAAUCCCAAUAAAAGUACUUGGGGGUA